UUAGGCAAGGAAUCAUAAUACCUACGCUUUUUAUCUCAUUUCAUUGCAGAAAUGGAGAAUUGACCUUCUCAUUAUACAAACAUUCAGCUCAUUACUUCAAUUCUAUUACUUCACCGAUUGUGUCUUAUCGCUCUGCAAAUUUAUCAUUCAUCAAAUUUCUUUGGGAGUUUCACCAAUACCUUUGGUACUUUACAUGACAAUUACUUUUGCAAUUCUUUCGAUAGUUGCUUUCGAAAUUCAUUCGCAUGGUACUUCGAAAAUUCUUUUAUCAAUUCGUUCGUAAAUUUCUCUGACAAUUUUUGAACUUUUUUCUGGUAAUGUCUUUGGAAACUUCUUCAGUAAUUUCUUGCAGAAUUCCGUCUUGUAUUACUUUAGAAGUUUUAUUAUAGACUCUUUUACCACAGACAAACAGACGUAACACUCUUCAAAACGGCUUGGCACAUGCAUUUAACGAUCAAUUCAAAUUACAUUCGAUUUGCGCGAUCGUUCCACCAGAUGCGCUAGUGUUCGAUCGCUUUGACGUUUGCCAAUGUACACGUUGCUGAAUGAUGCAAACGAAAAUUACAGGCAAUUUGUGUAGUAGUGUGCGUGUCAGCAAAACGUCAAAUCCAAAUCCAUCAUGGUCGAAAAUGUCGCGCGCGGUUCUACCAACAGGUGGCAGUGUGCUCAUGAAAAUUACACCGGGCAAAAGGUUUUGGUGAAUUUCCUCUAAGAGUUACGUCUGUUUGUCUGUGCUUUUACGAAUUAAAAGAAAAAUACAACGGGAUGGCCGGAGAACAUUUCAAAAGAAUCACCUAAGUUAUUUCCAAAAAUCAAGGUGAUUGCCAGAUAAGUUCCCAAAAAAUAGCCGAAAACUUUUACAAAGCAAUUCUAUAAAACGUUUGAAUAGAAAUAGCUGAAGGCAUCCUAAAGGAAUAACUGAAGAACUUUCGAAAGAAAUUGCUACAAAAAUUAUCUAAGGGAAUCCCAAAGUAAUUUCCGAAGAAAUGUUCAAAGGAGUUACAGAAUAAAUUUCUAAAAAGAAUACCGAGUAAGUUGUCGAAGGCACUUCCGAAAGAAUUCCAAAAGAAAUUGCAUGAACAAACCUUAAAGAAAUUGCCAGAUCAAUUCCAAAGAAAUUUCCUGUGUAUCUUGAAAAAAAAAAUGUCGAAGGAAUUACCAAAGUAAUUGCUAGAGAAUUUCACAAUGAAUUUGUCGACAGAAAUCAAAGAAAUUGUUGAAAAAAUCCAAAGGAACUCUUAGGGAGCUUUCUUAUGUCUGGGAAUUUACAAUAGGAGUUUCCAAAGAAAAUUCUUAAACAUUCUUAAAAAUUUGAAAUUUUUUAGAGCAAGUCUUUUGAACCCUGUAUUUGAAAUGGUUCCAUACGAUAAAUGAGACAUACGAUAUUUGAAUCAAACUAGUAGUUCAUGACAACAUUAAAGCAGUAUUGUGAGCGUAUAUCAAAUUUAGUUGUUUUCUCGAUGGAAGUUUUCAUUCGUCUCAGAAAUUUUACCGAGGACAGUAUUCUUUUGAGUGGUCCAAAACGCUGGACAUAAUGAAGCUUAAACUCAACUAGAAGCUGCUAAGAUCACUCAUUUGGCGACACCCAAACCGCUUAAGCACUACCCAAAAAGUAAUUACUUAGACUCGGGUCGUAUGAAUAAAAAGUGGCGAAGUUUACUACUUGUAGUAUCUACUCAGAAGUAAAGUCCACAGUGUUUACUACAUGUUUGGUAUGAAUAAACCAAAAUUCGAACAUGUAGUAAAUGCUACUUUCGAACUUAGAGUUUACUACAUGUGUGUAGCAGAGAUCUGUCAAAACAAAUCGUUUGUUGUUUCCGCCGUUUUCGCGACUUCUGAUCUGCGCGGUGGUGAAAGUUUCGUCAGUUUCGCGAUGGAGGAUAAUUUUGAGGUGCUUCGGACCCUGGAAAUCGGUUUAACCGAUGCCGACGAUCAUCAGACCCUUCAAGAGGACGAGGCGGACGAAACGGUCCAUGAUGUUCCGGGAAAAUCCAGUAACAUAAGCGAUUUGGAAUUCGCCACUGCGGUGAGCCGACUGGGAAGUGUUUUGCUCACCAAAAAUCAGACUCCCCAAAUGAAAAAGAAAAAAUCCGAUGCAGUCAAGGAGAUUGCGAUGCAUUUUUUGGUUGAGAAGGGACUGGAUUUGACCGAAAAACAAAUCAUCAAAAAGGUCAAUAACAUGAAAUCCAGGAUUAAGACUAAAACAGACAAAAAGGCCACUGGGAACAAAAAAAUCUCCUUGAAUCCCGGAGAGCAAAUAAUGUACAACCUCCUAGGUGCUGAAGACAACCCAGCGGUGACGAAAGUUAACUACGGGAUUUCAGUUGGAGCUGACAAAAAGGUCCUUCAUGAACACAACAGUAAUGCUUCGGAUGAAGAACUGCAUCCAGCUACGUCAACUUCAACAACAAAGAAGGUUCCUACGUCUCUCAUCUCUUCACCUCGAAACCUUGUUGCCCUAUCCAGUGCCGAGGACAUGCUAACUCCGCCUCCGCCGAAGAUCAAACGCCUCAAAACGAAUGGAACCAGGCCAGUGAAGUCCCGUCCGGAGCAAGAAAAUCUGUCAACAGCUCAACUACAUCGACUGGUUCUGGCCAAGCAGCUUGAAGCUCUGGAUCAACAAAUGCGUGUUAAUACAAAGCUGGAGACGGUGCUGGACAAAGCCGAAGAAAUUUUGAAUAAUUACAUAACUCCAAAAUAAAAUAUGUAUAUGAAAAAUAUUUUUCUGAAAAUAAAACGGUUAUCAUGCACAAUUAAAACUAAAUGACAAGGUUGAACGACUUUUUUACUGGAAAGUGUGCAGUAAUUCCAAUAAUGAGCAAAGCAGAUGUUUGCGAAUACCUCCGGGUCUCCUCUAGUAAAUACUAGAAUUUCUGGAAUUCCUCCAGAGAUUCUUUCUGGUAUUCCUCCAUCAAUUCCUUCUAUGAUUCCUCCAAGAUUUCUUUAUAAGUUUUAUCCAGGGAUUCCUUCCGGGAUUCCUCUUGGAAUUCCUUCUGAGAUUCCUCUAGUAAAUCCUCCAGAACUUCCUUCCGGGAUUCUUCCAGGAGUUCCUGCCUGCAUUCCUUCAAGAUUUCCGCGAUUCCUCCAAAAAUUCUUUCCAGGAGUUCCUUCGGCGAUUUCUUUUGAAAAUCCUCCCGGGAUUCCUCAAGGAGUUUCUUCCGGAAUUCCUACAGAAGUUCCUUCUGGGAUUCCACCAGGAGAUCCAUCUGGGAUUCCCCCAGGAGUUCCCUCCGCGAUUGCUCCAGAACUUUUUUUUCCGGG